UUCUCUCAGGCGGUGGUUUUGGUAGUAGAUGCUUUAAACCACAAAUAAGCAAACCCUCAGGCUGUAACUGGCAUUUCAACUGAACCAGUGCAAUCGGAAACGGUGGAAAUAAGAGUGGAGAUUCUGUGUUCUCUUCUCACUAAGGAGGUCAGUCGGCUACUGUUUUUGAGAGCCGUUAAUGGCGCAUCUUGGUGGUGGUGCGGAAGCACACGCCCGAUUUAAGCAAUAUGAGUAUCGAGCCAACUCCAGUUUGGUACUUACCACUGACUCUCGCCCGCGUGACACCCAUGAGCCCACCGGUGAGCCUGAGUCCCUUUGGGGCAAGAUUGAUCCUAAAAGCUUCGGUGACCGUGCUUAUAGAGGCAGGCCUCCUGAGCUAGACGAGAAGAUUAAGAAAUCGAAGAAGAAGAAGGAGCGUGACCCACUCUCAGAGCCUGCUCCCAGUCGCCAAGCUAAGAAGCGCCGCCUCCGAGAAGAGAGUGUCCUCACUUCUACUGAGGAAGGUGUUUACCAGCCCAAAACCAAGGAGACUAGAGCUGCCUAUGAGGCCAUGCUCAGCGUCAUUCAACAGCAGUUGGGUGGUCAGCCUCUCAAUAUUGUUAGCGCUGCUGCUGAUGAGAUUUUGGCUGUCCUCAAGAAUGAAUCCGUGAAGACCCCUGACAAGAAGAAGGAGAUUGAGAAGUUGUUGAAUCCUAUUCCCAAUCAUGUGUUUGAUCAGCUUGUUUCCAUUGGCAGGCUCAUCACUGAUUUCCAAGAUGGGGGUGAUGCUGCAGGGCCUGCUGUGGCUAAUGGUGAUGAUGCUCUUGAUGAUGAUGUGGGUGUGGCUGUUGAGUUUGAUGAAGACAAUGAAGAUGAUGAUGAAGAGAGUGAUCUUGAUGCAGUUCCGGAUGAGGAAGAAGAUGAUGAUGAUGUGGCAGAGCCGAAUGGUUCAGGGGCUAUGCAAAUGGGUGGUGGAAUUGAUGAUGAAGACAUGCAGGAGGCAAAUGAAGGCAUGGGCCUUAAUGUGCAGGAUAUUGAUGCUUAUUGGCUGCAAAGGAAGAUCUCACAAGCUUAUGAACAACAGAUUGACCCGCAACAGUGCCAAAAAUUGGCAGAGGAGGUGCUUAAAAUACUUGCCGAGGGAGAUGACAGGGAAGUUGAAACCAAGUUGCUGGUGCAUCUCCAGUUUGAAAAGUUCAGCCUUAUUAAGUUCCUUUUGCGUAACAGGCUAAAGAUUGUAUGGUGUACCCGUUUGGCAAGGGCUAAAGACCAACAAGAGAGAAAACUGAUCGAGGAGGAAAUGAUGAGUUCAGGUCCGGAUUUGGUAGCAAUUUUGGAGCAGUUGCACGCUACAAGGGCGACAGCGAAAGAGAGACAAAAAAACCUAGAGAAGAGUAUAAGGGAAGAGGCUCGCCGGCUCAAGGAUGAGAGUGGUGGGGAUGGUGAUAGGGAUAGGAGGGGGCUUAUUGAUAGAGAUAUGGACAGUGGUUGGGUGAAAGGUCAGCCCCAGUUGCUUGAUCUAGAUAGCAUUGCCUUUGAGCAGGGUGGCCUUUUGAUGGCAAAUAAGAAGUGUGAUCUUCCAGUUGGUUCCUAUAGACAUCAAAGCAAGGGCUAUGAAGAAGUUCAUGUGCCAGCCCUGAAGCCUAGACCAAUAGCACCUGAUGAGAGGCUUGUGAAGAUAUCUGACAUGCCAGACUGGGCACAACCGGCUUUCAAGGGGAUGCAACAGUUGAACAGGGUACAAAGUAAAGUGUAUGAGACUGCUCUUUUCAAGGCGGAUAAUGUCCUUCUUUGUGCUCCUACUGGGGCAGGGAAGACUAAUGUUGCAGUACUCACCAUACUUCAGCAAAUUGCAUUGAAUAGGAAUCCAGAUGGUUCAUUCAACCAUGGCAACUAUAAGAUAGUCUAUGUUGCACCAAUGAAAGCUCUUGUGGCUGAAGUUGUUGGUAAUUUGUCAAAUCGACUGCAGGAGUAUGGUGUCAAGGUUAGGGAACUAAGUGGAGACCAGACAUUGACUCGUCAACAAAUUGAAGAAACUCAAAUAAUUGUGACUACUCCAGAAAAGUGGGAUAUUAUUACUCGUAAGUCUGGUGAUCGCACUUAUACACAACUUGUGAAACUUCUUAUUAUGGAUGAAAUUCAUCUCCUCCAUGAUAAUAGAGGACCUGUGCUUGAGAGUAUUGUUGCCAGAACUGUUAGACAAAUUGAAACUACGAAAGAACAUAUCCGGCUGGUGGGAUUGUCUGCUACACUGCCUAAUUUUGAAGACGUGGCACUGUUUUUGAGGGUUGAUGUUGAAAAGGGACUCUUCCAUUUUGAUAAUAGCUAUAGACCUGUCCCUCUUUCUCAACAGUACAUUGGAAUCACGGUAAAGAAGCCACUGCAGAGGUUUCAGUUGAUGAAUGAUAUCUGUUAUGAAAAGGUAAUGACUGUAGCAGGAAAGCAUCAGGUUCUUAUUUUUGUUCACUCGAGAAAGGAAACAGCGAAGACAGCUCGUGCAAUACGGGAUACUGCACUCGCUAAUGAUACUCUUGGUAGAUUCUUGAGGGAAGAUAGUGCAAGCCGUGAGAUUCUCCAAAGUCAUACAGAUAUGGUCAAAAGCAAUGAUCUGAAAGAUCUUUUGCCCUAUGGUUUUGCAGUUCAUCAUGCUGGAAUGACGAGGGUUGACCGUCAACUUGUUGAGGAUCUUUUUGCAGAUGGGCAUGUACAAGUGUUGGUUUCCACUGCAACUCUUGCUUGGGGUGUUAACCUGCCUGCUCAUACUGUUAUUAUCAAAGGGACUCAGAUUUACAAUCCAGAAAAAGGUGCAUGGACUGAGCUAAGUCCUUUGGAUGUUAUGCAGAUGUUGGGUCGUGCGGGAAGGCCUCAGUAUGAUUCAUAUGGGGAAGGAAUUAUCAUCACUGGCCACAGUGAACUUCAGUACUAUUUAUCUUUAAUGAAUCAACAGCUUCCUAUUGAAAGUCAGUUUGUAUCCAAACUGGCUGAUCAAUUGAAUGCAGAAAUUGUUCUUGGAACUGUGCAAAAUGCUAGAGAAGCCUGCAAUUGGCUUGGCUAUACUUACUUGUAUGUCCGUAUGCUACGAAAUCCAACGCUGUAUGGCUUAGCACCAGAUGUUCUCACCAGAGAUAUUACAUUGGAGGAGAGGAGGGCUGAUUUGAUUCAUUCUGCUGCAACUAUCUUGGACAAAAAUAAUCUGGUCAAGUAUGACAGGAAAAGUGGAUAUUUCCAGGUCACUGACUUGGGUCGCAUUGCUAGUUAUUACUAUAUAACUCAUGGGACAAUAUCCACUUAUAAUGAGCAUCUGAAGCCAACAAUGGGGGACAUAGAACUAUGCCGUCUUUUCUCCUUGAGUGAAGAAUUUAAAUAUGUAACAGUAAGACAAGAUGAGAAGAUGGAACUGGCAAAGCUUUUAGACCGUGUUCCAAUUCCAAUCAAGGAAAGUCUGGAAGAGCCUAGUGCUAAGAUUAAUGUGUUACUUCAAGCCUAUAUUUCACAACUUAAGCUUGAAGGGCUUUCCCUCACAUCUGACAUGGUGUUCAUAACUCAGAGUGCUGGCCGUCUUCUACGAGCUCUUUUUGAGAUUGUCUUGAAAAGAGGAUGGGCACAGUUAGCUGAGAAGGCUCUGAAUUUGUGUAAAAUGGUCAACAAGAGGAUGUGGAGCGUCCAGACACCCCUGCGUCAAUUCAUUGGGAUCCCAAAUGAAAUUCUGAUGAAGUUGGAGAAGAAAGAUUUGGCUUGGGAAAGGUAUUAUGACCUUUCAUCACAGGAAAUUGGUGAGCUCGUUCGUUUCCCAAAGAUGGGAAGAACAUUGCAUAAGUUCAUCCACCAAUUCCCAAAGCUUAACCUGGCAGCACAUGUUCAGCCAAUCACUCGUACUGUGUUGAGGUUUGAACUUACUAUAACACCAGACUUUCAAUGGGAAGACAAGGUUCAUGGAUAUGUGGAACCAUUUUGGGUCAUUGUGGAGGAUAAUGAUGGUGAAAGCGUUCUCCAUCAUGAGUACUUUAUGUUGAAGAAGCAGUACAUUGAUGAGGACCACACAUUGAACUUCACAGUGCCAAUUUAUGAGCCAUUGCCUCCACAGUAUUUCAUCCGUGUUGUGUCAGAUAAAUGGCUCGGGUCACAAACUGUUUUACCUGUCUCUUUUAGGCACCUUAUUUUACCAGAAAAGUAUCCUCCACCCACAGAGUUAUUGGAUUUGCAACCUCUGCCCGUGACUGCAUUGAGGAAUCCAUCAUAUGAAGCUCUUUAUCAAGAUUUUAAACAUUUUAAUCCUGUCCAAACUCAGGUCUUUACUGUUCUGUAUAAUACAGAUGACAAUGUAUUGGUUGCUGCACCAACAGGGAGUGGGAAAACCAUCUGUGCUGAGUUUGCUAUAUUGAGGAAUUAUCAAAAGGGACCUGAUAGCAUAAUGCGUGCUGUUUAUAUUGCACCUCUUGAGGCAAUUGCUAAGGAACGCUAUCGCGAUUGGGAGAGAAAGUAUGGUCGAGGUCUUGGAAUGCGGGUUGUUGAAUUGACUGGAGAAACUGCAACAGACUUAAAGCUGCUUGAAAAGGGUCAAAUAAUUAUCAGCACUCCGGAAAAAUGGGAUGCUUUGUCUCGUCGCUGGAAACAGAGGAAGUAUGUGCAGCUGGUUAGUCUAUUUAUCAUUGAUGAGCUCCACUUGAUUGGGGGUCAUGGAGGUCCUGUCUUAGAGGUGAUUGUUUCUAGAAUGAGAUAUAUUGCUAGUCAGAUAGAGAAUAAGAUUCGAAUUGUGGCUUUGUCAUCUUCCCUUGCAAAUGCCAAGGAUCUUGGGGAAUGGAUAGGAGCCACCUCCCAUGGCCUUUUUAAUUUCCCCCCUGGUGUGCGUCCUGUCCCCUUAGAAAUACAUAUUCAGGGAGUGGAUAUUGCCAAUUUUGAAGCAAGGAUACAGGCCAUGACGAAACCAACAUACACUGCAAUAGUCCAACAUGCCAAAAAUGGAAAGCCUGCUAUUGUGUUUGUUUCUACGAGAAAGCAUGUGCGACUCACUGCUGUGGAUCUGAUGACAUACUCAAGUGUGGACAGUGGAGAGAAACCUGCUUUUUUGUUGAGGUCCUCGGUAGAGCUGGAGCCCUUUGUUGGCAAGAUUCAGGAUGAAAUGUUGAGAGCUACUUUACUUCAUGGUGUUGGAUACUUGCAUGAGGGCUUGAGUAGCUUGGAUCAGGAAGUUGUGUCACAGCUGUUUGAAGCUGGGUGGAUUCAGGUUUGUGUUAUGAGCAGUUCAAUGUGUUGGGGAGUGCCAUUGUCAGCGCAUUUGGUAGUUGUGAUGGGAACUCAAUAUUAUGAUGGGCGUGAAAAUGCUCACACUGAUUACCCUGUUACAGAUCUCUUGCAGAUGAUGGGUCAUGCCAGUCGACCUCUACUAGAUAACUCUGGAAAGUGUGUCAUCCUCUGCCAUGCACCUCGUAAAGAGUAUUACAAGAAAUUCUUAUAUGAAGCUUUCCCUGUGGAAAGCCAUUUGCACCAUUUCCUGCAUGACAAUUUCAACGCAGAAAUAGUUGCUGGAGUUAUUGAAAAUAAGCAAGAUGCAGUAGAUUAUCUUACUUGGACAUUUAUGUAUAGGCGGCUCACUCAGAAUCCAAAUUACUACAAUCUCCAGGGAGUUAGUCAUAGACAUCUUUCUGAUCACCUUUCAGAGCUUGUUGAGCAAACAUUGAGUGAUUUGGAAGCAGGUAAAUGUGUUGCUAUCGAGGACGACAUGGACCUGUCUCCACUGAAUCUUGGCAUGAUAGCAUCAUACUAUUACAUCAGUUACACUACUAUUGAGCGUUUUAGUUCUUCUUUGACUCCCAAAACAAAGAUGAAGGGUCUUCUGGAAAUUCUGGCUUCAGCUUCAGAGUAUGCCCAUCUUCCCAUACGACCUGGAGAAGAAGAGGUGCUUCGGCGGCUGAUCAAUCACCAGAGGUUCUCAUUUGAGAAUCCCAGAUAUACUGAUCCACAUGUGAAGGCAAAUGUACUGCUACAAGCCCAUUUCUCAAGGCAAUCUGUGGGUGGAAACCUUGCACUGGACCAACGAGAGGUGCUUCUUUCUGCCAGUAGAUUGCUCCAAGCAAUGGUUGAUGUUAUUUCAAGCAAUGGCUGGUUAAGCCUUGCUAUUCUUGCAAUGGAAGUUAGUCAAAUGGUGACACAGGGGAUGUGGGAGCGUGAUUCUAUGCUUCUACAGCUUCCACACUUCACAAAGGAAUUGGCCAAGAAAUGCCAAGAGAAUCCUGGAAAGAGUAUAGAGACAGUAUUUGAUUUGGUAGAGAUGGAAGAUGAUGAAAGGCGGGAGCUUCUCCAGAUGUCAGAUUUACAACUGCUAGAUAUUGUGAGGUUUUGCAACCGCUUCCCCAACAUUGACAUGUCCUAUGAGGUGAUGGAUAGUGAGCAUAUGAAGGUGGGAGACGAUAUCACUUUGCAGGUCACUCUAGAACGGGAUCUGGAGGGGAGGACAGACGUGGGAGCAGUUGAUGCUCCCAGGUAUCCUAAAGCCAAAGAAGAAGGCUGGUGGCUCGUUGUUGGUGAUACCAAGAGCAACCAGUUGCUUGCCAUCAAGAGGGUUUCUCUCCAGAGGAAGUCAAAGGUGAAGCUUGAGUUUGCUGCCCCCUCAGAAGCUGGAAGGAAGUCUUAUACUCUGUAUUUUAUGUGUGAUUCUUAUCUGGGCUGUGACCAGGAAUAUAGCUUCAGUGUUGAUGUCAAAGAAGCAGGUGGUUCAGACGAGGACAGUGGGAGAGAGUAAUUCCAUUUUCAGAUUUGUUUUUAGUACUUUUUUUAGCAUCAACGCCCAACAAUAAGAAUUAACUGAUUUUGGUAGUUGUAUUUGCUUUUGAUCUACUGAACCUGUUUCUGUUAAGUUGAUUUACCGAACCCUUGUUUGUUUCUAUAUCUAUGUAAUGAAAUUUCAUGAUGAGCUGGCGGUGCCCUGCACAUUCGAAAAA